UGAAACAGCUCGUUAUUCUCAUCUUACUCUCCUGUGUAGUUAUCUCUGUGCAUCGCAUCGCAAGAGUAUAGUAACUGUGUAGUAUAGCAGUUCGUGUGUACUUUACCUUGGGCAUAAAGCAACUUCUGUGCACUACUGUUUGAGCGUUUAGCUACCAAGGCGUAAAGCAAUUCUUUUGCAUUGCUCCUCACCUUUUCAUCAGCCAGAGUGCAGAGCAAUUCACGUGUAUACAGCACUUCGAGUGUAUAUAGCAAUGUCAGUGCACGCAGUUCGAGUGUACUGCAACUUCUGAGCCUAUUGGUUCACUCUCAUCACAUUUUAUUGCAUGUAUCGUAUCGAUAUCAAUUCAAAUCUUGCGCACAGUGACGAAGGUGCAUAGCAGUAACCCCUGCGUUGAGAGGCCAGGCCCCGUGCGUAGGUCUAUAGCAACACCUCAGGUGCAGAGCAGCAGCAUCCUUUUGACAAGUGCAUAGGACUUCCGUCGUGAAAGUGCCCAGAUUGAUUUUACAAUCUUGGCGUAUGCCAUUCCCUGGAACAUACAAAGAAAGCCCGCGCUGCGUCCACUAACAACGAAUAUUAUAUUGUUCGCAACAGCAUGCAGGCAAGAUGCGUCUAAGUCUUGGGACAUGUUUAUUGUUGCUCUACAUCUCGUCUCUCUCUGAUGCUACGGCGCCUGGACCUCCUGAAUAUCCCCUGUGCUCUAGAGACUGCCCCAUCACCGGCUCUCCAAAGCUCUCGUAUAAGACAGGGAAGACCUACUUGUAUCUCUAUACUGGAAAGUCUCAAGUCCACCUUCAGGAUGUGAACGGGGGCGCAGUGGAGACUUCCUGGAAAGCCGAGGUCUCCUUGUCUUGGCUCAGUCCCUGCGAUGUGGCCAUCUCUGUCAAAAACCCAGUUAUUGAUGGCGGUGCAAGCCAUCCAUCAGCGUCUUCUAUAGAAAGAUACGCCCUGGUAGUUGCUAUUUUUGAUGGCCAAGUCCAACACGUCUGCAGCCACCCGGACGAAGACUCCUGGUCCUUGAAUUUCAAGAAGGGGAUCGCUUCGGCCUUUCAAAACUCACUUCCUACUCUCUCCACCGUCAACACGGGGUUGCAAUUCACCGAGAUCGACGCUGUGGGGAACUGCCCGACGAAGUACAGCGUGAGAAAUCGACUGCAAAAAACCUUCGUCACCAAAGAGAAGGACCACCGUCGUUGCCACGACCACUACCUGACGCGAGCGGGAAACCCAGUCGCUUGGCUCAAGGGGUCACUCCCAGUGGAGGAGUCCAAAUCGACCUGUGAGCAAGUCAUCGUGGGGAAGAUAUACAUCAAAAUAACCUGUUCUGAUAAGAAAACGAUUCGCCCACUUUACGGCUCUUACAAGUAUAUAGAGGCCCAAAUUGGGUCAGACUUCAUCCUUCGUUCCGCAGACGCCCCAGCGCCUUCUUCUUUGACUAGUCUCAAGGGCAAUAUACUGGAGGAGAGCCUCCUGUACGACCACAAGACCCCCAAAAAGGACCCGUCACUCAUAACCCAUUUGGAUGACAUUUUAAGUCAGAUUUGCAGCGUAUCUGGAAACUUAGUUCAACGUGACACAGCUGGCUUAGUAUCGCAGGCCAUUUUCUAUCUUAAGCAAGUUCCAGAUUCAGCUAUCCCGGCGGUUCUGAAUAAAAUUCGCCACGGCAAUUACUGUGUUCAUUUCAAGCCUCUUGAGAGUAUCUUCCUGGAUGCUAUUGCCUUUGUAUUUGAAUCAGGAGCUGUGAGAGUCAUGGUCGAUGAAUUAGUUAGGAAAGAAGUGUCAAAAGGAAGACACGCUUCAUACAUUGCUGCUCUGCACUUGACUCAUCGGCCUAACCUGGAAGCUGUCAAUGCAGUUAUGAGCUUAUUCAACGGAACCAAGUCUUUACCUCAAACCACUCUUGCAGCUGCCUCGCUGGUCAACAAUUACUGCCGACUUCACCUAAACUGUGAGCGAGAAGCUCCGAUACAACAAAUUCUGGUAACUUUAGGAGACAUCAUUGAAAGGGACUGUGAAUACACCAGCGACGACGACGCGCAAGAGGCUGCGUUAGCUCAUCUGAAAGCUCUCGGCAAUUUUGGUAUCAUCGACACCCAUUACGCCAGGGUUGUCAUCAGGUGCUUGGAGAGGGUGGAGGCCAACACUUACGUCCGCAUAGCAGCGGCCGAAGCCUUUAGGAAUGCCAGAUGUCAGAGAGAAGCAACGACGCAGCUAUCAAGUAUUGCGGUGGAUAGUGACAUAGACACCGAAGUCCGCAUUGCGUCCUAUUUGCAAGCUGUUAGAUGUGCUGAUGAAAGUGAUUUGUUAAUGAUGAUAGAAAAAAUGACGAAAGAGUCUAGUACACAAGUUCGCAGUUUUAUUCUAACUCAUCUGCUGAAGAUUCAGACGUCAAGAUCCUCCAGGUACGAAAAUCAAUGGAGAAUCUUAAGAGAUGUUGUGAUUCCAACUAAUUUCACGUCUGACUUUCGGAAAUAUUCCAGGAAUAGCGAAUUCGCCCAUUACUCUUCACUCUUCAACGCUGGCUUUCACAUUGAUUCCAAUAUCAUUUAUGACACAGCUUCCUACUUCCCUCGGUCAGUUGGCGUCAAUGUCACAGCAGACGUUGGGGGAACAUCUCUGAACUUGGGGGAGUUCGGUGCUCGUAUCAAAGGCAUUGAACCAACUCUGGAAGCCUGGUUUGGUCCCGAUGGGUAUUUCCGUCAGACUUCAUCCGGAGGAAUACUGCGCGAUGUCACUUCAUUUGCUCGCAAUGAAGGCAGAAGAAUUAUUGAAGAGCUGGAAGAUGGCAUCAGACGAAGGCGAUCGAUUGACUACUCAGCCAUACUCCUCUUUCUUGAGAAACUUUACGGUGGGCCAAAAGAAAAAGUGCCGCAGUUUGACGCGUUUGUGCGAUUAAUGGGCCAAGAAAUAUACUACUCCUCAGUUAAGGGAAAGGUUUAUGAUGUUGAUACUGACAGAAUGAUUGAAUCUUUACUUGAUCUAGCUAGAAAACUGAUUGAAGAAAUAAGGAAUAUGGAUAUUUUUACGACUCAUACUGCUCAAAUACGCUUUGAUUACUCACUACCCACCAUCCACGGAGUUCCUCUCAAACUUGAAAUGGAAGGAACUGCAGUUAUGGGAUUGAAAAUCAAUGGUAAAAUAGAUUUACAUAAUCUCUUGUCAUACAUGAGGCACAGUAAAGCCACGUUAGCCAUCGCUCCCAGCAUUUCUGGCACAUUCGAGGCUUUCGUCGGCUAUGACAGUUACUGCAAAGAAGGAUUCAAGAUUGCAACCAGUGUGUAUAGUAAGGAGGACAUUUCACUGGUUCUCCAGACGACACCUGAAGGAGAGCUUGAGCUUGGACUGGACUUUCCUGAAAAGACUGAGCUGCUCAGCUUUGAAAAUGAGAUUUACUUAAUGAAAGCCAUAAGAGGAAUUCCUGAGCAGAAGGUCAUUCCUUCUUCCCUCAAAGAUGUUCGAAUCGAGGCGAACUCAUGCAGUCAGCAUCUGGAACCAAUUUUGGGAAUGAAAAUUUGCUAUGCCAUCAAUGCCCCGAACAUAUUAUUGGCCGAAGGAUUUCCUCUCGGCCAGAAAUCUGUUGUGAAGCUGUCCAUGGAGAAGACUGACUCCUCCAUGACUGGCUACCACGUGAAAGCUCAUGUGAAAAAUACUCACGACGAAAAGACAGUGCUGCUGCUUCUGAGGGUCUGCAACUUCCUUCCAGUGAAGGAGAGAAGAGCCAAGCUCGAGUACUUCCUGGGGCGUGGCUGCCACCGCCUGUCGGCUGCCAUCGAAUCCCCGAGGAUGGAGAGCAGCUUUUCAGUCCAGGCAGAAAGUCAGGAAGAGGAGAAAAAUGUCGAUGUUGUUGUCAGAUACAAGGUAGAUGGAAGUGAGGCCCAUCGCAGGAUAAAGAUAAUUUCCCACACCUCUGGAAACAUAGUCGAAAAGAGGACCGAUGUGAAAGUCUUCUUCAGUCCCACUCUGAAUAUGACUUCAACGUCCCUGGUUGCAGAGACGAGAUUCUACUGGAAGUCCAGUGGCCUCACUCAGGCCAUUGAAGUUGUGGCUAAGACAAGUCAUGUUUUGAAAGAACAAAUUAUUAUCGACUUUGAAUCUUCCAGCGACUGGACCCUGAGACCUUACAAGGCCAUACCUCUGAAAAUAACGCCGCGCAAAUUUGAGCUCCAAGUUGCUCUGAGAGGCUGGAAGUUGGUUUCCUUCGUCAGGAAACCCAAAGGAUUCACCUACGAGUCCUCUUUGAAACUCACGAAGCUAAGAGACGAGAUUUUACUCUUAUCAGGGACACAUGAAGUGAAAGGGUCAUUGGACGACCUUUUUACUUUUAAAACGGCUCUGAAAGCGAAAGUGAGAAGUGAGCUUUACAAAGCAGCCAUAGACAUACUGAAUGAGAACAUCCAGUUUGGCGUUGCCAUAAAUGUGAUGCAUCCAGGUAGCCAGAAGAAAAUCUGCGUGAUAGAUCUCAUGUCUGGACGGAUUGGCGAAACUUCCACCUCAACAAUUUUGGUGGAUAUUCCAAGUUACCUGAAGCCUAUUCACCUUGAAAACACAUUCACAAGCCAAAGAGCCAACGAGUUGGAGAUCAAGUCCAGCCUCAGGCACGGAGACCAUCUGCUUUUGGAGAUUUCAGGGCCUCUGUCAUUCAGCGCGUCACUGCAUGCGCUUUCGUUCGAAGGGAACAUGAAUAUAACAACCCUGACAGCAGGCCCUUACGACGCCUACGUGGCCGUGACGUUUUCCCAGGUCACUCAGCUGAUCUCUAUGGACGUGAGGAGUCGCAACACCAAAGUCUUCGCCCUAAACUGGAACACUGAUGCCGAGUACCCCAACAAUACCGUCUACGGCAUCGAACUGUUCGUCCCUACUUUGAUUGACAACGAAUUGUAUCUGAUCAUUUCCGCAAGUCACGUCACCAUCUUGCUGAAUCACCAGUGGUUCCCUGGUACCCCAUACCCGCGACGCAUGAAAGGGCUCGCAGAUCUCAACGUAUCUAACAAGACUCUGAGCGCCGAUUUCUCCUGGGAUGCUGACCGUUACCCCUACAAAAAAUUAAGUCUGGAUCUGGCCUUGGUCAUGGACCCUUCAGACUCCGAGCAAACCACUAUUAGUGGGGACAUCAAGUUCUUGGGUAAGAGGUAUCAAGUAAAACUGACUGAUUCCAUUGAUGGAGACGAAGGUUCUGAAUCAACAGAGAGGAGCAUCGGCCUUUCUUUAACGUUACCAACUCGUAAGACAAUCGCCACACAGGUAGAUUUCAAAGUAGAGCAAUUACCUUCUUCCAUCAAACUGGAGACAAUUGUCUCCCUGACGACUUUGGCGAAGAAGCACUAUAAUAUGAAAGGGAUGUUGCACGUUCAGAGCCCUCACAGUUCCUCUGCAUUCAAGAUAGCGACUGAGGUGAAAUUCAUACCACCUGAUGGUCAUGAAACGAAAUGCUUCAUAGAGGCGGUUCACUCUCCCAAGCCUGCAGGAAGCGAGAUUUUUCUGAAGGUAAAGGCUUCUAACCAUGCCAUUCAUAAUCCUCUGAUAAUGGAAAUGGUGCUGCACAAUGAAGCCCACUCGAGCAAGAUGGAUUUCACUGUGGAGACCGACAGGAAAAACUCGGUACUCACUUGGGAUCUUCAGUUCUACCCCGGAACUCGCAUUCGCGACGUCAACGUCGUCAUGAGACUGGACUCAGUCGUCGACCUGCUGAGAACCAUAAGGGAAAUGACCGACGCGGGACUGCACAUAGACGGAAGGGACGUGACGAGUCUGCUCAGAAUAACCGAACCUCUGAUCUACAGAGUUGGGUACAACAAGUCUGCUCCUCACUUGCAUGCCGUCUGGUUCCACUCCCCGUCUCAGGCGAUGGAAGCGGAGAUGACUCUCUCUCCUGAUGAAUACAGUUUCAAAUUCUAUCCAGAAAGGGAAAGACGCGACGCACGUUACGAAGUUUCAUCUCUCUAUUUGUCCUCUUGGAACGAGACACAUUCUCGGUGGCAAGGCUGUUUAAGUCAUCCACGCCUGAGCAAGGAUAUUAAGGUUACUGCUAAUUACAAAAAAGGAGGGAAAAUACGAUUAGGAACAUUGGAAGUUGAUAUAUUUCCUGACAUAGCAGACAAAAUUUCUGGUUCAGUGGAAUCUUUGCAGCUCUCUGAAAACAGUCAUCAGCACGAGGCAAAGAUUACAACUAGAGUGUUGACUGAGCACCCAAAAGUCAUGGUUAUUACAGCCAAUUCACCACAAAUGAAAGGACUUGAUAUCAGCUUCAACCUAAGACCAGUGGCACUUGCAACAGCUCUUAAGUACAGAUCCACUCCCGAAGAAAAUGGUGCUUUUUCAUUUUACCUCAAGUCUGGAGGACGCAUGAAUGCAGAUGUAACUGGGUCGUUGAAACCCCUGAAGAGCUAUAACUGUGAAGGCUUGCUAAUAACAGCAAUAGCAGAUAUUCCGGUAAUAGGGAAGCAUGACAUCCAGACCACUGUCUGCCAAAGGGCUUAUGUGGAAAUGAGUGUGAAGGUUCAUGGGGAGAACAGAAUUAUUUACAAGGCAAUGCUGGGACUCCAGGAUCCUAAUAACCUUGAGUUUGGCUUUUUUGAGAAAUCAGUAAAUUCUAGUGAGCAGCCAGUGGUACUGCUCCAGUCUCACUUGACAACCCCUUCCCUUUUAAGUUUCGAUUAUGUCUUCAAAUAUCCAGAAGCCUAUAGACUAUGGAAUACAGCGUGGACAAAACUCGACAAAGUUCGCCAAGGUGUGAGACUGUAUUUCUUAAGGACUUAUGCUUACCUGUUCUUGGAGGCUGAGCAAAAGAGAAUCAGCUUUCCACCCCCCAAAAUGGUUGUCCUCUACAAAGAAGCUGUCCAAGAAAUAACAAAGAUUUACCAAGAUCUUGUCAGGGACGGACUUAUUCAAAGAUACAAGGGCCUCCUCCAGUCACUAAAAAGUCCCAGAGAAAUAUACAUAAAAAAUAUACUGAAGUGGACCUGGUCUCACAUUGAAGGCUUGCGUAGAAUCAUGGAGAACUACAUGCUGACAGAAAUACUGGCAUGGAAAACGGAAUUCAAAGAGGUGGCUGACUUUCUCGCUAAAGGUAUGCGGGACAUGGCUGACUUAGUCGAGAAAGGAGAGGUACCCGCAGAUAUUCAAAAACUUCUAAAAGACCUUGAAACAACGUACUUAGUCCAAGCGAUCAAGAACGACUUGAGGGCCUUAGUUUCUCUGCAACCUGAAGAAUCGAGGGGUUUCCAGCAAAUCCUUUCCAAGACUGAAGCUGCGCUUCGUGCAGACCUUGUGAAAUUGCAAAAACACCUUUUGGGAAUUCCCUCUACUCAGGAACUUCUCAAAUGGAUUCGUGAAAAGGAUGGCCGCUGGAUAGAAAGGGCAACAAAGAUGUUUGUGGCGAGACUUAUACAGCAGUUAACUUUCUUUUCACUUGAUGUCAGAAACACCGAAACUAAACUCCAGCUGCCUUUAAGCAAACCCGUGUAUUCUCUCUCCCAACUCGCUCAAAGAGCCUCCCUUAGUGAGCUGCUCCGGAACGUAGUGUUUUCCUACUACGUUUCCAUCCCACCCACCCUCAGUGAGCUAAUAUGGGCCUAUUACAACUUCCUGCCGCAUCAAGUUUCUGAUCUACUGCCACCUUUCAAUCGAACGGCCUUGGUUGUCGGCGAUACAGAGUUGCUCACAUUUGACGGCGCUGUUUUGCAUCUGCCUCGUUCCGAGUGUGAGGUCUUGUUGGUGUCGUACCUCUUAAAUGAGCUCACCAUGGAGUUCCCAGAGGAGGGUAGGCCACCCCAGUUCACCAUGACGGUGUCGGGAACGAAAGCUGUCGUCAAGCCUGACCAAGACGUCUUCGUCAACGGGCGUCUCGUGACGCACAACCGUUUCGCUGAAGGUCCCAUCAGCGUUUCCAGGACGCACCUGGAAGUCGCGCUGAGUUCCCAGUACCUGACGCUGCGCGUGUUCCGCACUUCGAGAAUGGCCUCGCUGGAGAUCUCCGGCUGGGCUUUCGGUCGCGUCGGGGGCCUUUUCGGCACCUACGACGGCGAGGUCGGCAACGACUGGAUGAUGCCGAGCGGGGCCACAGCGACCAGCAUGCAGCAGUUGGUGUCCUCCUGGCAGGAGAACCAGGCGUGCGAGACGCCCAACAUCGCCGCCGUCAACCCGUCGUUCUCGAGGGUGGUGCGCUGCAACGCCAUGUUGAACGUUCGGUCGAGGUGUAGCUCCGUCGUGAAGCCAGACCUGUUCGUCCAGAUGUGCUACGCCGGGUACGACGCUUGCGACGCUGCCAGGGCCUACAGGACGCUCUGCGCCGACAGGGGGGUUCUGGCCCUGGUGCCCAUGGGGUGCUGAUCUUUGGGACCUGAUGGGUAUAUUGAGAAAUUGAAGUUAGAUAGUAAUAAGAGGAGGACAAUGAACGUGCUUUUAAUAUCCUUGGCGUUAUGCUUCGUCUUCUUCAGUGCUUCAAAUAUAGCAGUGAUUACUUCACCAUUAUAAUUGCGGAACUGCCUGUAUCAACAUUUAAGUUAUUAUUGUACAGCCUCACUUCAG